AUGGAAUUGCUCCAUUAUGAACACAACCAGGAUAUGCCCGAAGGGCCACUGACAGCAUACACAAAAAACAAUGCCAGCGGUGCCAUCGAACCUUGGCUGACCAAGUACAUUUCGGGUUGUGACGGGGCGCGGAGUGCAACACGUCAAGCAACAGGCAUACAAUCAUCCUCGCAGGGCGGCCAGGACGUUUCGGCUGUGGCAGACGUUUACGUUGACACGGACUUACCGGAUUACAGAAGACGUUGCGCCAUCCGAACCCCUGAUGGUGGCUGCAUGCUCAUUCCUCACAAGGACGAAGGGCUUCGAAUCUUUCUUCAGGUCGACGAGAAAAACUAA